AUGGAGGCUUCUGGUGAGGGAAACAGCAGCCGUAGCCGCGGCAACAAUGAGAGAGGGAAGAGGAAGAUUGAAUGUCAGGUGACAUCUCCAUCGUCACUGGCUACGGCGGAGAAGGUCAAGAACCGUCCACGGCGACGGUUGCACCCUAACACCAAGAUCACUCUUCACGAUAACACCUCGCCUGGCUAUGGCUGGUUGCUUCCAGGUUGGCUCUGUGAAGAACGUGUGAUGCAAUCUGGAAGGGUUUACAGGUACUACUAUGACCCAGACGGCAAACUCUACGGCACCCAGCAAGAAGUUUUCACUGCCUGGGAGAAAAAUGGCCUCCUUGUCCUCGACAAGUAG